GUGAAAUGUUGAUUAUAGCGUUAAUUGGUAUUAUUCUCGGGCUGCUAUAUUACGCAGCCCGUAAUCGGUACACUUACUGGGUUCGUCGUGGAAUCCCGCACGAUGAGCCAACGUUUCUCAAGGGCAACAUGGGAGACUGGCCAUCGAAACGUCAGUUUAGUGUGAUCUUCAAAGAUUAUUAUUUGAAGUACAAGAAUAGCGGCAGUCCAUUCGCUGGCCUCUAUUUCUUUUUUACGAAGACUGUUGUCGUCACCGAUCUGGAACUAACCAAAUGCGUGUUAAUCAAAGACUUUAAUAACUUUGAGAAUCGCGGCAUAUUCUACAAUGAAGAAGACGAUCCCCUGUCGGCAACUUUAGUCACCAUUGAAGGUCAAAAAUGGCGUCAUCUGCGGCACAAGCUUUCACCCACCUUCACAUCGGGUAAGAUAAAGCACAUGUUGCCCAUUGUGUUGAAAGUGGCCGAAGAAAUGUCCAAGGUAUUCAACGAGAAGUUGCCAUCAGCCAAGGAGUUGGAAAUCACCGAUUUGGUCGGUCGCUACACUGCCGAUGUAAUUGGCACUUGUGCCUUUGGUCUCAAUUGCAAUAGCCAACGUGGUGCGAAUGCAGGUUUCGUAGAGAUGGGCAAACGUGCGGUGACUGAGACUCGCUAUUAUGGUCUCUUGGAUUUCUUUAUAUUCGGAUUUCCGAAAUUGUCGCGUCGCCUCCAUCUGAAGGUCACACCCGAAGACGUUAACGAUUUCUAUACUCGCAUUGUCAGAGAAACAAUUGACUAUCGCUUGAAGUCGAAGGAGAAACGCAAUGAUUUCAUGGACAUGCUCAUCGAAAUGUAUCAAAAGCAUCAGGUGGGAAAUACUGAGAAUGGUCUGUCGUUUGAAGAAUUAGCUGCCCAGGCUUUCAUAUUCUUCGUUGCCGGGUUUGAGACGAGCUCCACAACUAUGGGCUUUGCCCUCUACGAACUAGCACAACAUCAGGAUAUACAGGACAAGCUUAGAGCGCAAAUCAAAGAAGUACUGGCUAAACAUAAUAAUGAAUUCAGCUAUGAUAAUAUUAAAGAAAUGGAACUCUUAGAGCAGGUCGUUAUGGAAACCCUGCGCAAGUAUCCCGUGUUGGCUCAUCUAACGAGAAAGGCCAACUCGGACUAUUCACCUGAUGAUCCCAAAUAUUACAUUGAAAAAGACAGUUUUGUGAUUAUUCCUGCCCUGGGCAUACACUAUGAUCCCGACAUCUAUCCGGAACCAGAGAAGUUCAAGCCAGAACGCUUCACGGAAUCUGCGAUCCAGGCACGACCAUCUUGCACUUGGCUGCCCUUUGGCGAUGGUCCUCGGAACUGUAUUGGCUCGCGCUUUGGCCUAAUGCAGACUUGUGUAGGUCUGGGCCAUCUGAUUAAGGACUUUAAGUUUUCUGUUUCACCAACCACACAAGUACCUAUUAAAUUUGUAAAGAAGAACUUAUUGUUAUCUGCUGAAAAUGGCAUUCAUCUUAAGGUCGAAAAGAUAUAAUUAACAUUUUCAUUUGUUAAAAAAAAAAACUUGACUUUUA